GUUGGAAUUCAAAGGUUUUUUUUUCUUUUUUGGGUGCAUUUAUUCCAUGAUUGUGAUGCCGCUUAUCUUCUCCCAAUGCUGCAGACAUUUUUCUAUUCUUUGGCCGACAUACUGCUGACAUUUAAUGCAAUGUCGUUUGUUAUGAUUUUGAAGCUUGAUCUUUGAUUGAUUGGAGCCAAGUGCAAGUCCCAUACUCUCUUCCGACUUCUUUCCUUAGUAAUCCGGUUGAAAAUUCAAAGUAUAGCAUUUACAGCCAUUCACAAUCACAUUAUCUCUUAUCAGAUUGGUUUUUCUCCCAACCAAACAACCUUUCUGAAGCAGCAUUUUCCAACUUAAUGGCUCUCAGGAUUCUCCUGCAAAUUUGCUGGGCGUGUUGCUUGGGUUUGCUGAUAGCCACGGCACUUCAAAUCAUCUUCUUCUCACCGAUAUCUCCAGACUUACUUGAACUGCCACCGGCAUCUUCUUCUUCUGUUUCUCCACCGAACAACCAGUUGCAGAGGGUGACUAAACUUGGAGAAGGAUUGUUGAAAGGCCCGGAGGACGUUGUUGUGGGUGAACAUGGUGUGUUGUACACAGCAACAAGAGACGGCUGGAUCAGAAGAUUGCAUAGCAAUGGCUCCUGGGAGAACUGGAAGAGACUGCAUAGCGAAACUUUGCUUGGAAUCACAGCAGCAAAAGGAGGUGGCCUUAUUGUCUGUGAUUGCGACAAGGGCUUGCUUAAGAUUACAGAAGACGGUAUAACAGUUCUUGCAUCACACUUCGCUGGAUCCCAAAUCAGGUUUGCAGAUGAUGUGAUUGAAGCAUCAGAUGGCAGUUUGUAUUUCAGUGUAGGAAGCACCAAAUUUAAUCUCAACGACUGGUAUCUUGACGUGCUGGAGGCAAAACCUCAUGGGCAGCUGCUAAAGUAUGACCCAUCAACGGGGGAGACGUCGAUGGUGCUAGAUGGUUUGUGCUUUGCCAACGGUGUCGCACUCUCAAAAGAUGAAGAUUAUCUCGUGGUGUGUGAAACGUGGAGAUUCAGGUGCCUGAAAUACUGGUUGAAGGGUGAGACAAAAGGACAAACAGAGAUUUUCAUUGACAACCUUCCCGCUGGACCUGAUAACAUUAACCUGGCCCCGGAUGGUUCUUUCUGGAUCGCCUUAAUCCGGAUGAAUUCUGAGGGAAUGGAGUUCGUGCACACCUCCAAGGCUUUGAAACAUGUUAUAGCAAAUUUUCCGAGACUGACCAAGCUAGUAAAUGGGGCAAGCAAAAGGGCAACAGUCAUCAAUGUGGAUGCUGAUGGCAACAUAAACAAGAGGUUUGAUGAUCCCAAUGGAUUAGUUAUAUCCUUUGUGACAUCGGCUGUGGAGUUUGAAGACCAUCUAUACUUGGGUAGUCUCAGCGCCGACUUCAUCGGAAAAUUGCCACUGAAAUGAUGUACGGUAAUAAAGGGGAUGCAAAGGGAAAAAAAAAAGGUCAGCCAGGACAUUCAGGUCUAAGUGGAAUUUGCUUAAGAUUGACGGAGAAUCAAAGCGUAAUCGAAUUAACCAACAACUACGUAUAUUUUUAAGUCGUUCAAUUGAUUCAAUAAUAGAAUCAGUUAUAUUGUUAAUUUUAUGUCAUUUACUAUUAAAUUGAAGUAAUUACAUCAAUUUUCGCAACUUAA